UAGUCCUGCAAUGCCUCGCGAAGAAACGUUCAAUACUGCCAUGCGACCGGUAUUGCUGAUAUUCCAGUUGAUUGGAGUUUUUCCUCUGUGCGGUAUCCUGCGUAAGGAUUCUCGUGAACUACGCUUUCAGUGGUUCUCGUUGAAAGCCCUACUCUCAGUGGUGAUCAUUCUGAUUGGACUAACCAUGAGUUAUGUGGAGUACGAAUGAUUGGAUCGAGUUGGAGGAGUCAACGCACAGAAUAUUAUAGGAAUUGUAUUUUUCGUGGAUACAGUCAUCAGUAUGAGUCUGUUGGUGAUGCUUGCCCAGAAAUGGCAUAAAUUAGCUGUUCAUUUUGAUGAAAUUCAUCGUAUAUUUUCAAUUAGUGAUGAGAAAAUAAUAAAAGGCAUUCACUUUCCAAUACGUUUUACUGCGGGAGUGAUACUCACAUGUGGCAUAUGUAAGUAAUAAUAUUGUUAUCCUUGAGGAUGAUGAAAAGCAAGUGCACAAUUUAUGUUUGACAGUGCAACACAUGAGUUCUAAGACGGCUGAUGUCUACAACCAGUAUCAUGAGGCUGAAUAUUGUGGCUGGGAAAUGAAGAAUUUCCCGUAUUACUUUGCUUCUCGCAACUAUUGGUUCAUAUUUAAACAUAUUCCAUACAAUAUUUUAAUACUGCUAAUUUUCGAGUAUGCAGCAACUGUUCUAACAUUGUCUUGGAGUUGUCAUGAUUUAAUGAUCAUUUUGACAAGUCUUGGUAUAACCUUCUACUUUCGGAAAAUUUACGAAAAGAUUCUGCCCUUCCAUAGCGGUGUAAUGAUUGCCAGUGAGAAGUUUUGGAUGGAAAUUCGAUCGCAUUAUGUAAUACUUUGCGAAUUAGUGAAAGCCACGAAUGGCAGCUUGUCGCUGAUUAUUAUUCACUCCUGUGGAAAAAACCUGUAUCUCAUGUGCUACGAGCUCAUCAACAUUGCAAGGAAAGAUGAAAGCAUUCUAUCGAGCGUACAUCACUGGUGUUCUCUAAUCAACCUGACCAUACAAACAACGAUGGUUUUCUACAGUGCGUCAAUGAUGCAUGAGAUAGCCAAGUCUCCCCUGACGGUUUGCAACAGAAUCCCCAAUUUCGGAUGGUGUUCAGAACUUGAGCGGUAUAUUGGACAACUUAAGUCCGAUAGAGUGGCAUACACUGGGAUGGGAUUUUUUCACCUUACCAAAAGGAGCAUUUUGGCGAUGGCUGGAUCCGUGGUAACCUACGAGUUGGUGAUGUUGAAAUUUGCAGAAGAUACGGAAGGUGUUGGAGAUGUGGUACCAUGCUCAAACCUCGCAUUUUCAAAGGAUUAGGACAAUAGUUUAUUUGAACCCCCACAAAAAAAAGGUUUAGCGAUAUUUAUUAGGUCUAAGGUUUAGCAAGCUUGAGGUUUUCAUCAUUCAAUCCCAACUAAUAGGGAAAUGUCUACAACGAACUGGAAGUAUGUGUGCUUGUGUAUUCUGUGCUUUUCGGUUUUAGCGUUUUUCGAUGGAUAAUAAUCUGAUUCAUUUACUGUUGCUCUAUUUUGU